AUGGCGGCCGAGGGAGACGUGGAGCUGGAUCCGGAGGCCGAGCCCAACGGCUCCGCGGUCAGCAGGGAUGGCGCCAGGGGGCGCCCAGCCGAGAAGCCACAAAAACAUGACAGCGGCGCAGCGGAUCUGGAGCGCGUGACCGACUACACGGAGAAGGAAAUCCAGAGCUCCAACCUGGAAACAACCAUGUCAGUGAUAGGGGACCGAAGAUCUAGAGAGCAGAAAGCAAAGCAGGAGCGAGAAAAAGAGCUGGCAAAAGUCACCAUCAAGAACGCAGCUUACGAGAACACAUGGGCAAUGUGGUGGAUGCACUAAUCACUCUUACCAAUUGAGAACUCUGUGCUGGGUGUAUUUCUGUGGAGAAAGUAAAAAAUAUGCCUUUGGAGGGCAGGUUAGGCACUGCAUGACAAAUUUUCAAGUUAUUAAAUAAAAG